AUGAGAGUUUCACCAGAGAAACCUCAUUUCUUCAAACCCAUUCUUCCAGGAUUCAAAAAUGGAUUGAAAAUACCUGUAUCUUUCUCCAAAUAUUUGUGUGGAGAAAGGUCAAAUUACAUGUUGCUCAGAAGGGGUGCAAGGGAAUGGAGGGUGAAGAUGAGUGGGCAAUCUCUUGAAGAAGGCUGGAGAAAGUUUGCAGUAGAAAACAACUUGGAAGUGGGGGAUUUUGUAGUAUUUAAACAUGAAGGAAAUAUGGUGUUUGAUGUUAGGGUCUUUGACCCUAGUCAUUGUGAGAGGGAAUAUCCAUGGAUUCAUGAUGUUACAAGUGAUGAACCAAAAGAAGAAGAUAUACCAUCCUCCAAGAAAUUCAAGUCUGCAGGUGAGGCAAUAGGUUUAAGGAGGAACAAGGCGAGGACUCGUUUGACUGCUAAAAGUGGCAUUUCCAUUGAUAGUGAAGGAAAUUCAGAGGAAAAUGAAGAGUCGACUCCAACUUCAAGAAAGGCCUCUUCAGAUGAUGAUGAAGAACCAAAUAAACCCUAUUUUGUUUCAUCUAUCAAGCCUUACUGUAUUAAAAACUCUAUCCUGCAUAUUCCACUGGGAUUUGCUAGAGCCAAUAAUUUAAGAAACAGAAGCUGCGAAGUUAUUCUCAGAGAUCCACAGCAAAAGUCAUGGCAAGUUGAAAUGGUUCCAAAGGCCAGCCAUGUUUGCUUUAGGCGUGGAUGGAGUGCAUUCUUUAAAGCAAAUGGCCUGAAGCUAGGAGACACUUUCAAGAUUGAGCUCGUGGAAAAUGGAAAAAUACCUGUUCUUGACUUUGUUCCUUGCUUGACAAGUAGUAAUAAAGAGCCUCAUCUUAAGCGUCCAACUCCUCCUCAACCUCGGCCAUUCUCGACCGUGAAACCGAAGGGCAAAUGCCUAGACAAGAAACUUGAGGCUUCACCUGAGUCUAAUAAUGAUCAUCCUAAUUCUUUUGUGUCCACUAUUAAGGCUUAUAGCAUCAAAUAUUCAAUACUGCAUCUGCCAAUGAAGUUUGCAAGAUCGACCGGCUUAAUUAAGCUAAAUGGAGAAAUGAUCCUUAGAGAUGAAAGAAAAAGGCAAUGGUCAGUGAGACUGCAGCAGAAGGGAAAACAUGUUCUCAUAUCAAGUGGAUGGAGCAAAUUUCGUACCUCAAAUGGCCUUAAAGAAGGAGACACCUACAAGUUUGAGCUCAUCAAGAAAGGGCAAAGACCUCUUGUGAAUUUCUAUUGUAAGUAUUGCUUUUAG